AUUUAAUUUAGUUUCAUUAUAUUAGUAAAUAUGUGCCUGUUUUAUGCAUUAAUCUCCGCUUUACAGAAAUUAGUUAACCGCUAUGAUAUCCAGAAUAUUCAAUAGGCCAAAGGAUCAUCUGUUUUUACAAUUCAUCAUCCUUUUAUUAAUCGUCAGUGUUGUCUAUUUAUACUUGAAUCAUCUUCAAGAAACGUAUAAAACUGCCCAGUGGUCGGGAGAGAGAUGUAUAUCAGAGUUAGGAUCAGUUAAAUAUCAAUUGAGUGUGGUCACAGACUACAAAAAUCGAAUAGAUAAAAUGCUGACAGAGGCCCAAAAAGCGCAUGACGCUGACAAGGAAAAGUUUAAGGAUAUCAUGGAAAGCUGUAUUGCUAUGAAACAGCAAGCUACUAUUUGUCAGAGCCAGUUUGAGGACCUGCAAUUGGAAUGUAAAAAAGUUAGGGAAGACUAUGAUAAGAUUAUUUCAAAACCUGAUAAAUUAAAAGUUCGUAGAUAAUCUUUUCAAAUUUGAUUUGUUUUUAUAAAUUUGUAAACUUCCUGGAUAAAUAAUAAAGAUUUG